AUGCUUCAAAUUGAGGAUCUAGCUAUCGCGACUGUAGCUGGGCGCCCCCGUGGGCGAGCUAAAUACGCUCGAAAGGACCCCGAGGUAGUAGCUGAUGCCACUGCAGCUAGUACCAAGAAAGCCACUACCAAGAAAGCCACCACCAAGAAAGCUACCACUAAGAAAGCAACUACCAAGAAAGCAACCACCAAGAAAGCAACUACCAAGAAAGCAACCACUAAGAAAGCAACCACCAAGAAAGCAGCUACUAAGAAAGUAACCUAA